CAAACCGGGCAAACAAAAGUCGUCUCAUUCAAUAGAAGAAAAUCAAUUCCAGGUCUAAAAUCGCCAGUGCUUUCAGAGUUCUCCGGAACCCUCAGAUCCGAGCUCGCCUGAACCCGAGUUGGCGAAUUGUAUUUGAGAUGUGUAUAUUGAUGACUAUAGCUGGUUUUUGAGUUUUUAUGGUUAAGUUUCUGAAUUAUAAUGACAUAUCUGGAUGAUGAUUCCAGUAUGGGUGGUCAAAGGAGUGGCCAUGGAAAACGUUCUCAUUCUAAUUCUGAACACGCUGAUAACGGAACAAGCAAAAGAAGAAAUUCUGGCGGUGGAGGCGGUGGCGGCGGUGGAAAGGAACAUUUUUCAAUUGACCCUAAAGACACUGUAUAUCGCUACCUGUGUCCUGGAAAGAACAUAGGAAGUAUAAUUGGAAGGGGAGGGGAGAUAGUGAAGCAAUUAAGGGCUGACACUAAAUCGAAGAUUAGGAUUGGCGAGACGGUCCGUGAUUGCGACGAGCGUGUUGUCACUAUCUACAGCUCAAGCGAGGAAACAAACGAUUUCGAAGGAACCGAAGAUCGGGUGUGUCCUGCACAGGAUGCCCUCUUCAAGGUCCAUGACAGAAUUGUAGGCGAGGACUUGUCAGCAGAUGAGGAAUCUGAAGAUGGCCCACGCGUGACUGCUAGGCUGCUUGUGCCAUCUGAUCAGAUUGGAUGUAUUAUUGGGAAAGGUGGGCAGAUAGUUCAGGAUCUUCGUAGUGAAACGGGCGCACAAAUUCGAAUCUUGAAGGAUAACCAUCUGCCUGCUUGUGCACUGACUUCGGAUGAGCUUGUGCAGAUAUCGGGCGACACUCAUGUUGUGAAGAAGGCUCUAUAUAAGAUAUCAGCUCGCCUUCAUGAUAAUCCAUCGCGUUCUCAACACACCUUAGCAUCUGCUUCUUCAUCAGCUUACCCUUCAGGUGGUGGUUCACUUACUGGCGCUCCGUUAGUUGGAUUAGCUCCACUUGUGGGUCCUUAUGGUGGUUAUAGAGGAGGUGAGAGUGGAGACUGGUCACGGGCUCUUUACACUACUCCCAGGGAUCAAUCACAUGCAAAGGAGUUCUCUCUUUGUCUAAUUUGUCCCAAUGCGAAUAUCGGAGGUGUAAUUGGGAAAGGAGGGGUCAUAAUCAAACAGAUUAGAGAGGAAUCCCGUGCACUCAUCAAAGUUGACAGUGCAGCUGCAGAAGGAGAUGAUUGCCUUAUAACUAUUUCAGCUAAAGAAUUUUUUGAAGAUACAUACUCACCAACAGUUGAAGCAGCAGUGCGGUUGCAACCAAGGUGUAGUGAACAAAGUGAAAGAGACUCUGGCCUUAUUUCAUUCACCACCCGCUUGCUUGUACCCACCUCUCGCAUAGGCUGCCUUCUUGGAAAGGGAGGCUCUAUAAUCAACGAGAUGAGGAGAAUGACCAAAGCUAACAUUCGUAUACUCUCAAAGGAACACCUUCCCAAGGUGGCUGCUGAAGAUGACGAGAUGGUGCUGAUAUCUGGAGAUCUAAAUGUGUCAAAGGAUGCACUCUUACAAGUCACCUCACGGUUGAGAGCAAAUCUCUUUGGAAGAGAAGGUGCUGUAUCUGCCGUUGUGCCUGUUCUUCCAUAUCUUCCAAUGUCAGCAGAUGAUCCUUCACGUAGCAUAAAGUAUGAAAGCAAAGAUUCUAGAAGACAUGGACAUUCUUAUCCUGGCGAUUAUGGUGGACUGAAUGAUCCUCCACACUAUAGUGAUAGUUACCGACAUUAUGGUGGUGUUCAUAGUAACAGCAGCAGCAGCGUCAGGCAUGGAGCAUAUGAAGGGUAUCACGUGGGCCGUUCUGGUAGUUCUGGGCUGUCUGGAUCAAACUCUGAAUCCCGUAGAAGAAGUUAUGGUUACUGAAGUUUUCUUUCCUGAUAUGCAGCUGAAGCCUGAAGCCCCAGCCUACUGCCCCCUUUGGUGAAGCCUUCAGCCUAACCAGAAGACCAGAUGAAUGAGGAUUUUUCUUUAGGAGUACCAGUUCCUGAAGACUUCACUCCUUACCUGUUAUUCAACUUUGCCAUUUCCUGAGACCACCAAAUAGUACCAAGCUCAUAAACUUAUCCUAUGCAACUAGCAAGCCUUUCUACUCUUUUACCUGUUAGCCAUGUUUUUUUUAAAUGAUCAUACUGUUUUUGUUUGUGAGCCUUUACUGUUUAGUAGACCACUUAUCCAUGAACUAUCUUGCUUUAAAGUGAUCUUUUCCCUUUGUUGUUUUCUAUGUGUUUCUAAGGUGGUUAUCUGGUUAUGGUUUUAGUUCAGGCUCUAAUUUAUGCACAGUUAUACAUGCAAUUUGUAUCUUUAGUAGUUGGAUGUCAAAUUAAAUCACAUUACUGAAUAUCACUUUGAAUACCAAAUGUUUAUAAAGUUCAUUGUCAAUG